AGGGAGGGAGGGAGGGCCACACUUCCCAGGCAGGCCCUCAGCAACCAGCGCCUCGCUUCUCUCUGCCACCAAGGACACGCCUGCGGCUCCUGCCAUGGACAGGUGGUACCUGGGUGGCAGCCCCAAGGGGGAAGUGGACCCAUUCUACUACGACUAUGAGACUGUCCGCAAAGGGGGCCUCAUCUUUGCUGCCCUGGCCUUCGUCGUGGGGCUCAUUAUCAUCCUCAGCAAAAGACUCCGCUGUGGGGGCAAAAAGAAGCACCGGCAAGUCAAUGGUGACGAUCUGUAAUGACGGAGUCAGCUGUGUCCCCGCUGCAGGGGGGACCUUGGGAAGCCUUCCCUGAGCUGUAGACCUUUGUCCCCAGCACUGCCAAGGCCCUCAGGCUGAAGGAAGCACCAAGCUCCGUGUGACCCCUGGGUUUGCACAGCCUCCUCCCACCCCAGGCCGCCUCCUGUUAAUAAUAAAGCGAGCCUCAGAGACA